AGGAAGGGAGUCAGGCUAACCAGAGUGUGAUUUUCCACCCAGAAGGCUCGGCAUGAAGGUCUUGCUGUUGGCAGCGAUCAUGGCCUUUGGUCUGCUGGGGACUGAUGGGGCUAAGUGGAAUUUGGACAGAAUGAUCUUGAAGGCAGUUGGAAGGGAAGCUGCCUCUGCUUUUGGUGACUAUGGCUGCAACUGUGGCUACAGACAAAAAGGAGCUCCAGUGGAUGCUACAGACAGGUGCUGUGCUGCACAUAACUGUUGCUAUCGCCGUGCAGCGAAUGUUGGAUGCAAGACCAAGGAAACAUUAUACAAGAUUGACUACCACUGGAAAGAUAUCAAAUGUUCACCUCAAGACUACUGUCCAGCUCAAGUUUGUGAAUGUGAUAAAGCUUUGGCCCACUGUUUCGCAGUACAUAAAAGUUCUUACAAUAGGAAAUAUCAAUACUAUAGUGAAAGGAACUGCCGUGGAGUGUCCCCAAAGUGCUGAGAGCCCAUGGACACUCAACCUUCAACAACUCCUGCUGAGUUUUUUUCUCUUG